AUGGCAAAAAAAUUAAAAUGUAAGGAAGGAUGCAAGUGUGUCAAUAAAAAGUGCCUUUGCCCAACAGUUUCUGGCAUUUGUCAAGCAACAGGAGAUGCUCAUUUCAGAUCAUUUGAUGGCAUGGCAUACGACUUCAAAGGCAGAUGUGAAUACGUACUAGCUCAAGAUAUCGAAGGCGACUUCGAAAUUCGAGUGCAAAAAGAGCCUUGUGGUAAAGGAACGACGACAUGCGUAGCAGCUGUAUCUAUCACUACCUCACAAACGGACUCUAAUAUUGUACUUCGAGGGUCGACUAUUCAGAUUGACGGAAAUGUCCUAGAUGUGCUUCCUUACACCAGCCAAUCAUGCAGGUACAAAAUAUACAAGCAAGACGGAAUCGUUCAUGUCCGUCUUCGUGGUCGUCUACCAGAAGAUGACGUCGAGAUCACGUGGAAUAGAAAAGGUGUCGUGAAGGUGACCGUCUCACAGUUGUAUGUUGAUCGCAUUCGCGGUCUGUGCGGCAAUUUCAACGGAAAGACGUCAGACGACUUGCUAAAUCGCGACGGCAAAAUCGAGACUUUUAAUGUAGACCGAUUCGGAUCGAGCUGGGCAGUGCAAAGUGAUAAUCGCAGACUCUUGUCAGCACGAUCAUCAUGUCCUUUACCACCACCACGUCCUUCUCCAUGUGAAACAAUUCCAAGUCUCAGACGACAGGCAGAAGAUUACUGCAACUUCAUCACUAAUACUUCUGGCCCAUAUUCCAACUGUCAUGGAGUUAUCAGUGCUAUCGACUACUACCGUUUCUGUGUCCACGACUUUUGUGCUAACAAUGGCAUUAGCGAUCUCGCUUGUCAAUCCGUGCUAGCAUACGAAGAUAUAUGCCGCAGUCGAGAUCGAGUGAUUGGCACCGUCGUUGACGAGUGCGGAGUCUGUUUCGGAGACGGCUCGACGUGCGCCAACGUCGGAGCAGUAUGUCAAGCGUACGGCGAUCCCCACUAUGUAACUUUCGACGGAGCGGCACAUCAUUUUCAGGGCAAGUGUGAGUACGUUCUUGCGAAGGAUUGUACUUCAUCAGACCAGUUUCAAAUCAACGUACUCAAUGAGGUCCGCAAUCAAGGCUCUCGGGUAACGUGGACGGCCGCUGUGGCUAUUCGAAUAGCAAGAGUGGGAACUAUUGUUAUGAAGCGCGACGGAGACACGACAUUCAACGGUCUUGUUGUCGACGCUUAUCCGUACCGAAUACUAGCCGAUGGAUCUCGCAUUACAAAAGUAGGGAGAAACACUCGCCUUCUUCUUGCCAACUCUGGCGUUAUCGUAUCGUGGGAUGGAUCUCAAUCUGUGCUAUUGACCGUACCACGUCACUACUUCAACAAGACGUGCGGUUUAUGUGGUCAGUAUAAUGGUAAUCCCAAUGACGACAUGCAGGGAAGGGACGGUACCGUCUAUCAUGCGAGUCACCUUACCUAUUCUUCUUCUCCAACUUCGACCAAUGCGUACCACUCGUUUGGUCUUAGCUGGACGGCAAUUGGCAGUGAGCGUAUGAUACUUGCUGCUUCUGAAAAAUGCGACGAUUAUAAAACGGCGCCAGAAAAUCCUUGCGUCGGAAAAUCUUUUACAGACGCCAAAGAUAAGUGCUCUUUCAUUAAAGAUCCGAACGGGCCGUACGCAGACUGUCACAAGUAUCGAGAUCCUGAGGAAGCGUUCCAGUCGUGUGUAUAUGACGUAUGUGGCAGUAACGGCGUAUCGAAUGCAUCUUGUGGAGUAAUAAGCAGCUACGAAUCUUUAUGUCGAACGAUGGGUGCCACUUCUAUCGCAUCUGUCGUGGAUCAAUGUGGAAUUUGUUUCGGAGAUGGCACUUCUUGCAGGGAUGGAGCUACCUGCUCGGCCUGGGGUGAUCCGCAUUAUACAACAUUUGACGGCAUUCGUCAUCAUUUUCAAGGACACUGUGAAUACGUAUUCGUGCAAGAUUGUCUGCGUAAUGAUUUUGCUGUACACGUCCAGAACGAACACAGACGAGGAAGAUAUGACGUCACAUGGACGAGAGCAGUAGCUGUGACGAUAAAAAAUAGCGGAGUUAUUCAAUUACUACGAGGAAACAAGGUAAUAAUAAACUCUCGUAAAGUGAAAUCGUUUCCUCAUCGUUUGCCUGGAGACGGAACAAUCGUUCGUCGGACUGUAGCCGGAGUGGAAGUGCAUAUAGCUGCAAGUGAUGUGGUGGUGACAUUUGAUGGCAAACACAGGAUAGCUGUGAGAGUACCAAAGUCGUACCUCAACAGAACGUGUGGCUUGUGCGGUAUCUACGACAACGAUCAAGCGAAUGACAUGUCUCUGAGAGACGGGAGUAUUGUCGUUCCGAGUGAUCCAGAUAUUUCUUACUCUCCCGUCUCGCAAUCUGCAUAUUACAAGCUUGGAGUAAGCUGGCAGGUGCAAGGCAAUGAUCGAUUGUUGCUUCCUUCCAAUUACCUCUGCAAAGACUCGGAACCAGAACCACCUGGAUGCAAAGCUAAUCAAUCUAAAGCUGAGGAGUAUUGUGCAGAAAUCAAGUCUCCAAGGUAUUCCCUAUGUCAUUCUAUAGUAGAUCCAAAAGUUUACUUCAAAUCUUGCGUCUUUGACAUUUGUGGCUGUAAUGGAGAUACCGGUUGCGGUUGCGAUUCUAUUAAAGAGUAUGAAAACAUGUGUCGUGAUCGUGGUGUCACCGGCUUCUCAUCUGUAGUCGAUGAAUGUGGCGUCUGUUAUGGGAACGGUUCGUCUUGUGAAGACGCUACCUGCUACGUGUACGGAGAUCCUCACUAUAGAACGUUUGACGAUAGUCUUUACCAUUUUCAAGGACAUUGUGAGUACGUCCUUACUGAAGACUGUCAACAUGAAGAUUUUCAAAUUACAGAGCAAAACGAACAUCGACACGGAAACAAGCUCGUCACAUAUGUGCGAUCUGUAGCCAUCAAGAUACCCAAAGUAGCCAUCAUCAAACUUCUCUUGAAUAAAGUUACGGUUGUUAACAAUGUGCAGUUGACAGAAAAUCAACUGCCGUUUACCAUUGGAGUCGAUGGGACUGUUAUAGAAAGAACACGAGAUGAGACCGAUGUGUGGAUUAAAGUAACGUUGUCCAGUUCUCGAGUCAGAGUUUUCUGGAACGGAAAGAACAAAGUCAAAAUUGUAGCACCCAACCAUUAUAAGCAUCGUCUUUGUGGGCUAUGUGGAACGUUUGACGGUAACAAAUCAAAUGACUUGACAUUACGAAAUGGUACAGUACUGCAACCGACCGGUCUAACACACACUAGCAAUGAUUUCGCUUCAAUCGAAGAGUAUCAUCAGUUUGGUGUGGAUUGGACCAUUUCCAAAGCAAACAGACUGCUGAUACCACAAAAUGAAUCGUGUGAAGAUGGACCUCAACCUCCAAAUCCUUGUAAUGUCGCUGUCAGAGACGAAGCACAUAGCUACUGCAAGGUAAUUAAAGACAGAAGAAGAUACGGAGUUUGCCACGAAUUCGUAAACGCCAACGAGUAUUACUCGACUUGCAUGUAUGACACUUGUUCGUGCCUCAGCGACGGCAAAGAUUCGUGUUAUUGCACUUCGGUGGAUGCAUUUGAACAAGCCUGUCGUAAAGUGGGAGUUACUAAUUUCAACGCCGUGGUUGAUGAAUGUGGGGAGUGCUAUGGUAACGGCUCUUGCGUACCUAGCGGACCAUCCUGUGCAGCGUCGAUCGGUCAUGUGAAGACUUUUGAAAAUGAUUCACUUGAUAUCCAAGGAAAUUGUGAGUAUGCACUCUUGCAAGAUUGCGAGAAAGACGAAUUCUCCGUACACUUUCUCAACAGAAAUAGAUAUCAAACAAAGUUAUCUCAAGAACAGGCACUAUUAGCCAUUCGUGUAUCAGGAGGUUCCAUUACCAAAGUGUGGAGAAAUUCUACAGUCCAAGUGAACGGUCAUACUCCCUAUUCCUUUCCUUACAAGAUCGACGGAGGCCUCGUGACCAGAUCUGGUCUCGUUGUCAAAGUAAUCAUCGGAAGUUCUGACGUACAAGUCAUUUGGGACGGACUCUCGGCGACAGUGAAAGUGGCCGUACCAUUCAAUUACUACAACCGAACACGAGGAUUGUGCAGCAGUUUGAACGAAACUAACUUAUAUUGUAGAAAUCGCAAAGUGAAGGAGGAAGAAAGAUUGUUGUUGUCUCCUGAGGAUACUUGCAGCCCCCCACCAAACUGCUCAAACCCUGCACUGAAGUCGGCCUUGGACUACUGCAACGUCCUAACUCAAGACGGUCAACGAUACGGUGCUUGUCAUUCCGUUCUCGAUCCAACUGAAUACUACAACUUGUGUAUCAAACAGAUUUGCGAUUGCAACGGCAAUAGAAGUUGUGGUUGUUCUGCUAUCAAGGCCUACGAAUCCCAAUGCAGAAAUGUUGCAGGAAGCGACGUUCGUGUUGGUACAAUUGUGGAUGAAUGUGGAGAAUGUUAUGGUGAUGGCAGUAGCUGCAAGUACGCUAAUUGUACGAUAUUUAGCACACCACUGGCGUCAAUCACAAGAGCAAACCAGGAAUAUAUAACAUUCGAUUGUCUCGUUCAUCGAUUCCAAGGCUCGUGUGAAUAUGUUUUGGCACGUGACUGUACUGGAGGUCUCUUUGAUAUUCACAUCGAAAAUACCUCUCCUUUCCCAAAUGCAAUCGGCUCUGUAUGGACAAGAGCCGUCGCCAUUCGUGCAGCUGGACUCGGAGUGAUUAAAAUAUUUGUCUCUCUUCACAAGCCGAUAGUGUAUUUGAACGACGAACGUCUGUCUUGGCCAUCAACCACAUCAGCAAUCGAUGGUUCACAAAUUCUUCUCUUUUCUGAAGGAUUUGAAGAAAGAGUAGAAAUUCUUUUGGCACGUACAAAAGUCAAAGUAUUUGUGGUAAAUCAUUAUCAAGUAGUUGUAUCUGUUCCAUCAAACUUUAGAAACAGAAUGUGUGGAUUGUGUGGCAACUACAACGGAAACUCAAUAGACGAUCUUACUUUGCCAAAUGGAAAAGUUCUAAAAGUCAGCAAUGUCAAGGGCUCUACGUCUGCUCGUUCCGUUUGUAACUACCACAUAUUCGGUAAAAGCUGGGCUGCACUGAAUCAAAGGAGACUCAUCUUAGAUCCUACAAACACAUGCCGUGACCAUCCGGAGGUUCCAUUCUGUGAUCAAAAUCCGGAAAACAAAAGACAAGUGGAGGAAUUUUGUGACAUUAUUCUCCACCCGAAGGGACCGUUUGCCGAAUGCCAUUCUCAUACCAGCCCACAUACUGCGUACACACAAUGCGUCCUGGAUGGCUGUUUGCAUAAAGGAAAGAGAGCAUCUAUUUGUCCAUCCAUUAGAUCGUACCAAACUCAGUGUCAGAAAUGUGACAAGCAAUUAUCUUUGAUUGUCCCAGAAUGCUCCCAAGAUCCAUGUAACGAGCUCAAACCCUGCUUCCAGGAUGUCAAGUGCUCGAACGAUUUUGCUGUCUUUCCACCAUACAGAUGCGACAAGUGUCCCACGGGUUACGUCGGAAACGGUAAAGAAUGUCGUGACAUCAACGAGGAAUUUUGAAGUGAGCGACUAUAAUCGACUGUAGCGAAAUGAACUUGCAAUACUGUAGUAGGUUUAGAGAGAGAUAUAAAAAACGUAUACGACAAAACUUUACUAUGAAGAGACGUUUCGUUGAUUCUAAGACAUUUUAUGCUGACGUUAAUUUUCAUUCUAAAGCAAUCACGUUUCAUGUU